AUGCGCGAGAGUCCGUUUUUGAAGCUGGAACGCUUAUUAGCCGGUGCAGCUACAUUGCGGUUGGAGGAAGCGUGUGCAAUACGGGGCAUUAGAAAGUGUAAUGUAUGGUGCGGGGCGAUGUUGUCAGUCAGCAAGCCGGUGUCGCUAGUCCAACAGAAGAAGGAGCAGUGGGCGAGAGAGAGAGAAGAAAUGUCACAUCUCUAUUUACCAUGGGGUUCCGGUGAGCGAUACACAAAUCGCUUGUCCGUACGGAACCAGUUUGCAAGUUCACUUGAAUUGAACAAGUCGUACGAAUAUUCGGAGUCCUUGCAGCGUCAACGGAGCCCUAGCCUACCGCCAAUUCACAACCUCGAGAUCAAGACUAUUGAGAAGAGACCGAAGGAAGUUUUAAAUAGAAACAUACCUAGUGCUAAGAGGUUUUCCUUCUACGACGAAGACGCGGAAGGGGAUACUUCUGGAUACGGCAGUGAGACUUUGAACCACAUGACCACGAGAAACCAGAACGGAACUUUACGUGACGCUAAACAUCUAGGUCCGGACGUUGUAGUCGCGUGGCAACAAAAUGAAAGGGAUAUAAGUAAAAAGCCAAGUGAAAGGUUAGCUAUGCCUGACGGGGCCUGGUCUGCUAGGAGUUCUGGGGCUGACGAGGGUCGCCCACGUUGGGGUGAUCGUGGUGUCGCUACUGGUCGUCUUUGGGAACCCACAGCUCCUACAGCGCGACUACCUCAGAUGCCGAACCAGAAUAAAGGUACUCCAGCUUGGGUGGAGCGUGGCCUAAAUAUGAUUGAUAGUGCAUCCGAUAUGAUAGUUAUAGAUCAAAGGAGCUCCGCCAAUUCCGGAUUAGAUUUUGAUAAAUCUUCGUACAACGGCAGCGAUGAAGGAAGAACACACCUCAGAGGACAAAAUGUUCCAAUAGAACCAGAAAUUAAAGCCCAAAGAGAGACUAAGAGACUAAAAGCCCUUGAAUUACAAAAUGUUAUACUUACUCAGCUAGAAGAACGCGAGAAACGUAAACAAGAAGAAAGGGAACAGAGAUUAAGAGAAGAGCGGUUAGAGGAGUUACGAAUACAAAGACAGCAAGAAGAGGAUAGAAUUAGACUCGAGGAAGAGAAACGCCGUAGUGAAGAAAAACAAAAGCAAGAACAACGUAAAUUAGAUGCACUGAAAAGAGCUCUGGAAGACGCCGAGAAAAAAGCAAAACAAGAAAAAGAGAGGAGGUUUCAAUGUCAUAAACCCGCUAUUGUUUCUAAUGAGGUCAAAACGAAUGUUGAAGAAAAUAAAUCACACGAUUCAAUUCGAUGUAGCCCUACAAAAGUCGUAAGUCCAACCAAAACUAGCAGAACAUACGACGUACACUCAUCUCACAGCUACAAAAAGGACUGUGGGUCACAACCAACUUCUACCUACAAUUCGCCGAGAUCUGUAAAUGGUAAUUUAAACUUAUUUAUACACAAUGUUCCACCAAUAAAAAUAGCAGAUAACCAAUUCAACAUCGUUCCAAUAGGGAUUACAGGCAAUGGUGAAAUUAUACACGGGCAAGGGAACACUAUACAAUUAGCUGUUUUAGUACCACAAAAUCCUAAUAAUCACUGCUACAGUGUAUCUGUUAAUUCAAAUGAAAGCUCCGAAGUGGGAAAGGUACUAACGCCACGAAAAUACCGUGAAACAAAGACUAAGGACGCCGCGACACAAACCGACAGUGUUGAUAUUGUUAAAAUUAAAGAUGAAGUGAAAGAUGUUAAUGAUAGAUUUCUUGACAAAGAAUAUUCGAACAUUGAUGAAAACGCUCCUCAAGAAAGUAAUAGAAACACACUGAAAAAAGACAGACGAUUGCGAUCCGAGGAGAGAUUUAAAAAAGACAUAGAAAAUCGUCCGAAAUGGGGUGCUAACAGACCACAAGCGCAGUACAAAAAGCAAAGUGAGAAAGAUCCCUUCUAUACGCAAAAGAGGAAAUUGCGUCACAAAUAUAGAUCGCAGGCGCGACAGUAUAUGUCACAAUCUAGCGAAGACAGUCGAUCACCGAGUCCACCAACAAGGUCUGAUAAGAAUUCCGAAUCUAGUCUAAAACAACGUAAUUCAUUGAGUCAAUCCUACUGGAGAAACAAACGCAACUCUCAAGACGCGUCAAUAAUUAACAACGAGGCGGAGUGUGAAAUCAACGUUCCUGAAUUUAUUUCCCUAUCUCAAAUUACUAAAAAUGAAAAAUACGAGCACAAAUCCACUAAAUCGUCUCCAACGAAACGGAUAACGCUCUCACAGAAAUUCAUAAACGACAAAUACGGAAGAAGGCUGUGGCAGGAAGAUUCAAACGACAGACAUUCUAAAUACAUCGAAACGGAAUUACCUAAGAAAAUAUUGUAG